UGUUUAAACUAAAAAAAACUGUAUUAUAUCAUAACUUUUACAAAGUUUCCACAAAAGAAAUUACAUAUAAGAUAUUUUGUUAUUAAUUAAGGUGAAAGUUCUGCUAUAAUCUUAAACAGAAACGCGAAAAUAAUAAACACAGUAGUUUGAUUGCUUAUCAAGAAAAGGAGAAAUUUAUACAAUGCAAUCUGGUGAGAAAGAUAGUGAUUUAAUGCCAAAAUUAGAUCUUGUAAGGGAUAAAAAUAAAUUAAAAUAUAGUGAUAUAAUAUAUAUGAAACAAGCAGAAGAAGCAGCUAUUCAAAGAGCAUCCCAAUAUACAAAAAGACGUAACAAGUGUGCGAUAGCAGGUUUUGCUCUAGCUGGUUUAUCUUUAGGAAUUUAUCUAUAUACCAUAUAUGCUGUAAAACAGGAAACAUUUUUGAAUGAUCUAUAUGAACCUGAAAAAAUAAUUGAAAAACCUAGUUCAAAAGCUAACGUCGCUUAAAAUUAUUUGUAUUUGUAUCAUAUGAAACAUUACUCUUAAAUAUUAUCUAAAUACAAAUAAAAAAAAGAACAAUGGCAACUCUAAGGUUACCACCUUUACCAAAUAUGAAAGAUUUGUUAAAAAUGUAUAAAUUGCAUGCAAUGAGACAGCUUUCUCAAAACUUUAUCUUAGAUCAAAAUUUGUCAGAUAAAAUAAUAAGAAAAA